UCGUGACCCUGACGUCUCCAUGUCAGCUGAGGAUGAAACCGUCAAAGGAACAAAAGCCGGCGCUUCUCAGCAAUCUAAAUCUUCCACCAAAGGCGAUGGGGCUCUUCGACUUGCUCUUUUCUUCUCUUGCAGGUGGUGGUUUACUGGGUGUAUUGAUCUACAUGGUCAUGGGUCGAGAGCUUGAUUUUCUGGUUAGGAUCAAGAUGGAUCGGGGGUGGUUCUAUGGGGCAUACGCGGACUGACGUCAAGUUUUCUGGCGGUUUCUUGAUGCUGACAGUGGUCGGGUCAGGUCAAGUGUGGUCAGGUCUGGUGAGUGAGUGAUCAUCUGUGUUGAGGGGCCCUGUCUUUGAUGUGACGGUCUAAUGGUCGUGGAUCAGCGU